AUGAAUGAAGAUGGAUCAAAGUAUGCACACGGUGUGCGAGGUUACCUGAACGAGGGAGGUUGGGAUGAUAUACAUCUUAUUGAGAUCAUGAGAAUUCUGGGACUUUUAGUUUGUUUGGAUCAAUUCGCAGACAGGUAUAUGAUCUUCUUAUUCUUAUUAUGUCUGAUUAACCCUACAGAUGUUGAGGCUUUAUCAAGGCUAAAGGCGUUAAGAGUACUCAAUUUGGGAUUCAAUGAUAUUGCAGAUGUUGUUUUGGUACAUAAAGGCCUUCAUCGUUUGAAAUGUUUGGAGUUGUUUGAUACAAAAGUUGGAAGCAAUGGUCAUUGCCAUCUCUCAGGGUUGAUGAAUCUCCAAAUUUUAAAUCUUUCAUUCACUGUUAUCAUGGAUGGAGGUUUAUCAAAUCUAUCUGGAUUAUCAACUGUUAGAUCACUUAACUUAGAUGUUUUCCACAUCACAGAUGCUGGACUUUCAACUCUUUCAUUUAACAUGAAUAUGAUUCAGAGGCUGCUUCAUGAACUGAUGAAGCAACUAGAUUCUGAAUUGAAGCAUGAGGAACAUAGGAUGCGCCUUGGACAGAAAUCCAUACUUCACAAUGAAGGUACUUUUUUCUAA